AUGAAACUGAGCCUCUUGAAAGGCCCUCCAGAGGGGUUUGGACUGGUGAUAGGCGCCGCGGCCGCCGCCGUUGUUGUGUAUCUCUUCCGCACGUGGUGGUCGCUGAGGCACAUCCCAGGUCCAUUUCUGGCCAGCAUCACCAACCUCCAACGAGUAUGGUGGGUGAAAACGAAGAAGGCAUACCUGCACCAUCAAGCUGUUCAUGCUAAGUACGGCGACAUUGUCCGGACGGGCCCGAAUAUGGUGUCUAUCGCCAACCCCGAAGCUAUCCCCACGGUUUACCCCAUCAGGCCAGGGUUUACAAAGGGCGACUUCUACCUCGCCCUGCGCCCAUACAGUGAAGAGCGCGGCACCGUGCCACUGGUGUUCAACAUCCAGGACGAGGCCGCACACAAACAGGCCAAAACCCCAAUUGCGCCCUUUUACUCCCUGACCAACGUCAUGGCAUUUGAGGGGCUAGUUGAUGAAGUGCUGGCCUUGUUUUCGAAGCAGUUGGACCAGCGUUUCGUGGCGACCGGUGAGGUCUUUGACUUGGGCAAAUGGAUACAGUAUUUUGCCUUUGACGCAAUGGGAACAAUGUCGUUUUCGAGAAGAUAUGGCUUUCUAGAACACGGAGAAGACCCCCAUGGUGUGCUGGACGCUAUCUGGGCGUUCUUUACCGCUGCUGCGCCGAUGACCCAAAUCCCCUGGUUGCAUCAACUCCUGCGCAACAGCAGGUUUAUGCAUAUGUUCCGAAACAAGGGCGGAAAUUGGCUGCUCGAUUAUGUCACUAAGACCAUUAGCGAACGAUUACGACACGUCGAGACCGGCAAACAUUCGUCCUCGGAGGACUUUCUGGCGCGCUUUCUUGAGGCCCAUCGGGCCAACGAGGGACUCCCUGCCUGGUGCCCUUAUUCCUGGACGUUUACCAAUGUCGUCGCCGGCUCCGAUUCCGUGGCAAGUUUGAUGCGAACUAUCAUUCACAACCUCCUGGCCCAUCCAGCUACCCUGCGAAGACUUCGUGAAGAACUCGCAACGGCCGAUAUCUCCAAUCAGUAUCCCAAAUGGAGCGAGGUGCGCGACCUGCCCUAUCUGGACGCCUGCGUACAAGAGGCCGGGCGCAUCCAUCCGCCCUUCGCGAUGCCCUUCGAACGUGUCGUUCCGGCGGGCGGGACCACCGUGCUCGGCCACUAUCUUCCCGAGGGGACGGUGGUUGGAGGAAGCGCGUACGUAGUGGGCCGACACAAGCCGACGUUUGGCCAUGAUGCCGAGAGCUGGUCGCCGGAGCGAUGGCUUUGCCCUGCAGCGGAGAAGAAAAGGCUCGAGCAGAGUCUGCUUACGUUUGGCGGCGGUCGACGAGUGUGUUUGGGGAAGCAUAUUGGGAUUCUGGAAAUCAAAAAGCUUAUUCCCUUCUUGCUGCUGAACUAUGAGUUCGAGAUAAUCAACCCCGCGCCUUUGGAGAUUGAACACCAGUUUUUCUUGAAACAAGGGGGCCUCGAAUGUCGGAUUCAGAAGCGAGAUCACCCGCAGUGCAAGUCGGAAUGA